CACCGCCAUGGGCGUGCCCCCCCCCUGCUCCGCUCUGGUGCCGCCGCUCCUGCUGCUCCUGGCCGUGCCCACCCCCGGCAGCGCCUGCUCCUUCGCCUUUAACCCCAUCAGCAGCACCUUCAGCGCCCACCUGGACAACCUGGGUUGCUGGGGACCCCCUGAGCGCCCCCCUCAGCCCUCUGGGCUGUUUUUGGGGACCCCCUGACCCCUCCCACAGAGCCCCUGGCUGCUCCUGGACUACCCCGUGGCAAUGCCCAGCAACCUGGAGCCGGACAGCGCCUGCUCGGAUCUCUGGGGGCUCCACUUUGGGGCGCUGGCUCUGCAGCGGAUGCUGGCGGUGGCCGGCAGGGAUUUGGCCCCCCUGCUCAGGACCCUCCUUGCCCAGCUCCACUUCGUGGCCGAGUGCCACAUCCAGGACCCCCAGGGCUGUGUCCGGCUGGAGAGGGUGAAUGUGUCGCAGCUGCUGGAGAUCCUGGCGCAGCACCUGGGGGGGCUGCAAGGGAGACCCCCCCACUUCCCUGGCUGCGCCCACUUGCGCUGCCACCCAGGCCCGGCGCUGAGCAGCCCAGCCGCUCUGCACGAGGGGACCCUGGGGGCCAGGCAGGGCCCCCCCAGCCCCGCCGGACACGGGCUGCUGCUGCUGGGGGGACUUGGGGGGGCCCUGAGCCUGGUGGCGGCGGUCUGGGUACUGUGGAGGAGACCCUGUGCCCAGGUGGGGACAUUGGGGGCACCGGAGGGCACUGGGGACGCUGCAGAGGGUGGUGAGGGCAUGGGGGGCACAUGGGGGGCUGUGUGUGUGGGGGACACCACGGGUGCUGGCUGUGCCGGGGACGCUGGGAGCGCUGGUGGCUGUUUUGGGGUCGCUGGGUGGGCUGAGAGCACUGGGAGCACUGGGGAGCACUGGGAGGCCAUUCCCCUCAGCCCCCCCCAGCCCCCACAGGGACCCCCGACACUGGAGCAGGACGGGACCUGAGCGGCCGAGCGGUGCCUGGGGACAGACACAGGCUGGCCUGAGCCACUGGUGAGAGACGGGGCCCCCCGGGGGUCCCUGCUGGAAGCCCUUGGGGGCUACACCGGGAUCUCCCAGAGCCACAGAGAGACGAGGGGGCCCAGCCUGGCCCCGUGCAGUGCCCAUAAAGCUGGUGUUGACACCCCGA